AGGUGGUGCUAUUAACCCUUUUUGUGUUCAAUACUGCAAUAUCUUCUGUUUUCCGGUUUCCUGCUUCCUCUGUGGCUCGGACGCGAGUGCUUUAUGGAGGUGUCGUGUAUCUUUUACAAGCUGCUACGUUAAAUUAUGGCAUCAGUUCCUUCUUCACUGGGGCUUCUCUCUGGAUAUAUUUCCUCUGGGUCAGAUGACGAGGAAGAAACAGUGCAGAAAGCAAUUUGUACUCCUACUUCAUCAGUAAAUUGCUUUAAAAAUCCUCACUCCAGAAGCGAAGAGGGACCUUUUGCAAAAAAAGGUGAAACUGAAAAAGAAUGUAUGCAUGUUAAUAUCUCUGAUUCAUCUGUCCGCCUCCCAGCCCCUGUCUUGGGAUCCCAAAACACCAGUGGCUUUGGUGGGGUGUUUUCUAACCCAUUUCACGAGGAGGAACAAGCACAGAUGAGCAUACUGGAGAGGCAUGUAAAGCUAAGUGACAACAACUGGGCACUAGGCAGAGGUGCCUGCUUAUCUUACCAAAAGGAUGGGCGGUGCCGUUAUGGAACAAGAUGCAAAUACAGCCAUGGUAGCGACUUACCCCAGGGAAAUGCAAGAGCAGUGGUACAAGAGCUGGGUACAAACUAUUUAUUAAAUGAAACAUCGGGUGCCAUUCUGAUGGAGGGAAAUAAAAGAAAGAAGGACGAGCAUGAUGUAGAUGAAACAAGGCAAUGUAAGGAGAAGAAGAAAAAGGUUGGACUUACUAACAGUUUGAUUCCUCCAAAAAAAUAUCUGAAAGACUACAAAACACAUGUAGCAAAUGAAAGACCCUGGGCCUUGUAAAUUAGUUAAGUAUUUAAUCUUGUCACGGAAAGGUAUACAAUGCAGGUAUGGGAUCCAUUAUCUGGAAACCCAUUAUCCAGAAAGCUCCUAAUUAUGGGAAGACCAUUGAUGUGACCAUUUCGUGAUUUCCUUUUUUCUCUAUAAUAAUAAAUCACAUCCUGUACGUGAUGGUAA